UCCCUGGUCCAGUCCAGGAAAGCGGGAAUCACGUCCGCGCUGGCCUCGAGCACCUUGAACAAUGAGGAGCUGAAAAACCAUGUUUACAAGAAGACCCUGCAAGCCUUAGUGUACCCCAUCUCCUGCACGACGCCCCACAACUUUGAGGUGUGGACGGCCACCACCCCCACCUACUGCUACGAGUGCGAGGGGCUGCUCUGGGGCAUCGCCCGGCAGGGCAUGCGCUGCGCCGAGUGUGGCGUCAAGUGUCACGAGAAGUGCCAGGACCUGCUCAAUGCCGACUGCCUGCAGAGGGCAGCAGAGAAGAGCUCCAAGCAUGGAGCGGAGGACAGGACCCAGAAUAUCAUUAUGGUGCUCAAGGACCGCAUGAAGAUCCGGGAGCGCAACAAGCCGGAGAUAUUUGAGCUGAUCCAGGAGGUGUUUGGGGUCACCAAGACCACACACACGCAGCAAAUGAAGGCAGUGAAGCAGAGUGUCCUGGACGGCACCUCCAAAUGGUCGGCCAAGAUCAGCAUCACGGUCGUUUGUGCCCAGGGCCUGCAAGCAAAAGAUAAGACGGGUUCCAGUGACCCGUAUGUCACUGUCCAGGUUGGAAAGACAAAAAAAAGGACUAAAACAAUCUACGGCAAUCUCAACCCGGUCUGGGAGGAGAAUUUCCAUUUCGAGUGCCAUAACUCCUCCGACCGCAUCAAGGUCCGCGUCUGGGAUGAAGACGACGACAUCAAGUCCCGUGUCAAGCAGCGCUUCAAGAGGGAGUCCGACGACUUCCUGGGCCAGACAAUCAUCGAGGUCCGGACCCUGAGCGGGGAGAUGGACAAUCUGUUCCACUUUGUGACGGAUUUGCAAAACAACGGGGUGGUGAAGAUCCCCGACGCCAAGGGGGAUGAUGCCUGGAAGGUGUAUUUUGACGAGACGGCGCAGGAGAUCGUGGACGAGUUUGCCAUGCGCUACGGGGUGGAGUCCAUCUACCAGGCCAUGACGCAUUUUGCCUGCCUUUCCUCCAAAUACAUGUGCCCGGGGGUGCCGGCGGUGAUGAGUACCCUGCUAGCCAACAUCAACGCCUACUAUGCCCACACCACGGCUUCCACCAAUGUCUCGGCCUCUGAUCGCUUUGCCGCUUCCAAUUUCGGG